AUGAUGAAACUUCAUGUGGAUGGAAGGAUUAUGGUUGAUGCCGCCAUCUUUCGCAGGUCGAACCUGAAUUAUCCGAGGCUAGAGAUUAAAAAGCUUGACAUAGCUGAUUUUCUCUUCCAACAGGUGAAACAGGGCGAACCAGAAGGCCAUGUCCGAAGCAAGGAUAUUGAUUUUCGUGAGAUAAAAGAAGGCGAUCUCGCGAUGUGUAGUCCGAUAGUGCUCGGAUUAUCCUUGAAUCAAAAAGUCUGGGGAGAGUUCGACGUGGAAAGUAUCAAGGAAAAGCCACCUUUGAUGACGUUGUAG